AUGACCCCCCGCCACCUAUCGUCGAGGCCCCUCAGCCCCGCCGACGUGGACGCCCGAGAGGUUCCAAGAACAAGACCGCGUCCGCCUUCCUGUCAAGAAAAAAAGGUGAACGAUUUGGAACUGGCGAUCAAGCUAAGAAAUAAUAGAGUCAUCACGACACCUGGUGAACCAUUCGAAGCUUCGGACACCAAGGAGAUCGAAGACCUCUUUAACCAAGGAGUUUUUCGCUUUGAGAAGUACGACCCGACGAGUUACGGAGGCGAGCGCAUCUUCAAGUCGCGGAGGGUAGGGGAAGUAAAGGCUGUGUCGUCAAAGCCUUACGAAAAGUCUCGACUUGUCAUACAAGGCCACAAUGACAAGGGAAAGGACACUAUCCUAACCCAAUCCCCAACCAUCUAA